AAGCAAAGCCCCUCUCAAAAUGUCGGCGCCCGGAGAAGACACGCUUCCGAACGAAGAUGGAGAGAUGGAGGAGAUGGAAGGGGGUGGCAGCGACGAAGACGAAAUGGAAGAAGAGGGAAAGUAUGGAGAACAGCAAACUCAAGUUUAUGUCCCCGGUAUACAGCCUCUCCAACCCGGAGAGGAGCUUGAGAUGGACCGGUCGGCUUACCGCAUGUACCACGAGUGUCAGACAGGUUGGUCCAACAGUUAACAGCUAAUCGGGUUAUUUUAUUGCCAUCAAACAAAUCAAUUUGAAUGUUUUCAUCAAACAAAUCAAUUUGAAUGUUUUAAACUGACAAUGUCACGAACUGUUAUUUCAAAUGUAUUGGAUAGCUUGUUAGCUAACGUUAUAGCAUUCGUUUGUAAUUCACCAAAGAUUGAUCUAGAUGGGCACAGCUUGCUGAUUGUUUUGCUUUGUCAACAUAUACCCCCCCCCAGGUGCUCCUUGCCUGAGCUUCGACGUGUUGAGAGAUGCGAAUGGAGACGGCAGGGAGCAGUAUCCCCUCUCUAUGCUGCUCUGUGCAGGCACACAGGCCGACGCUGCCCUCAGCAACAGGUAGCUGUCACACCCACGGAUCCAUAACAAUUACACUCAGCAUAACCUCAGACUGCCUACCUAUUGUGAGGCUGGUGUAAAGGGAUCCCCAAAUACUCACAUUGAACAUACCUUUUGCACACCCCACAAUUGGUAGUCCUUCAUUGCCCAGGCCUCGUUGACUUAUCCUACCAUACCUUUUCUCCUCCUUCCUCUAAGGCUGCUUGUCAUACGCAUGCACAACCUCCACGGUACUACGGAGAAGGAGAAGGAGGGGGACGAGAGUAGUGAUGGAGAGAGUGAUGAAGAGGAUGAUGAUGAAGAUAAGAAGCCACAGAUGGAGCUGGCCAUGAUGCCUCACUACGGAGGGAUCAACAGAGUCCGAGUGAGUGAGUUUUGUCGGAGAGUAGCUGAAUGUCUCUUGCACCCUCAGUUUGUUCUUCUGUACAUGCACCUUGAUUGGACUGUGUGUGAUGUGAGGCAGCAGUAUACUGUGGUUUGAAAGGCUAACCAUCAACGUUGUCUGUUUCCCCACCAGGUGACCCAUCGGGGAGAUCAGUCAUUGGCUGCUGUCUGGUCAGAGAAAGGUCAGGUGGAGAUAUUUGACCUCCGAUCCCAGAUGGAAGCCGUCCACAGUUCAGCUGCCAUGUCAUCCUUCGUCAAACAGCAGAAGGAAGCCACGCCCCUCUUCAGUUUCUCGGGUCACAUGACGGAGGGCUUUGCCAUUGACUGGUCGCCCAAAGUACCUGGUGAGUUGAUCCAUUUCCAUGUCUGAUGUUUUGGUACCGCUGUGUAGAUACCGUUCUAUGCAUUAGGGGACGUCUACGCUGUUGGCUUGAAUCCCAAAUUAAUGCUUUGUCUAAAAGGUCGGCUGGUCAGUGGCGACUGCAAGAAGAACAUCCACGUGUGGGAACCGCGAGAGGGAGGGACUUCCUGGCAGAUCGACCAACGGCCUUUCAGUUCUCACACCAAGUCAGUGGAGGACCUGCAGUGGUCACCCACAGAAGCCACGGUAUGAGGGGAGAAGCAGUAGGAUGUUAGGCUGAGUGACAAUAUCAAUAGGCUUAAAGAAACUUUAGCCUUUUUUAAUGUCAGUAGAAGCAGACAUGAAAUGAGGUCAGUUGCAGAAUUACAGCUAAAACGGCAACGUUCUGUCUCAUUGUCCUCUUUUUCUUCCUCCUCCCUCUUUUUCACCCUCCCCCAGGUUUUUGCGUCCUGCUCUGUGGAUCAGUCCAUCCGGGUCUGGGACACCAGAGCCCCGCCCAACUCCAUGCUCUGUGCCAAUGAGGCACACUCCUCAGACGUCAACGUCAUCAGUUGGAACAGGAUUGAACCAUUCAUCCUGUCCGGCGGGGACGACGGACUCCUGAAAGUUUGGGACUUGAGGCAGUUCCAGGUAAGAACUGCAGUAGGGUUAAGGUUGGGAUUUAGGGAGGGUCAGCUGAUCCUAUGGCACGAACCAGGGCCAGUUUCCCAAAAGAAACUUAAGGCUAAGUUCAUCGUUAGAACCUUUGUAAGAGCAUCAUUAAAUCGCCUAAAUAUGUGUACGCGACCAAUAGAAUUUGAUUUGACCGUCUUAGACCACUUGAACAGUUAAGUGUGUCGUUAGAUGCUUUUUUGCCCAUUGACUUCACUUUAUGCACAAAGUUCUCUGCUAAACACAGAAUCAAGAUGUUUAGGCCAUCUGUCUCUCUGCAACCGGCAAUAAAUUCCGAACGAAGUUGACUACAAAUACAAAGUUGCCAAAGUUUUUGCAUUUUUUACAAACUGAUGAUAAAAAUAUGCUUCAACUGAAAACUGAGAUGACUGCAUUAAAAGAUGAAUAAAGUUUAGGCUACAUGCCUAUAUAUUUAAAUCAUAUUGAAAUCAAUUUCAUGUUAAUUAGGGACGGAAUGAUACUAUUUAGUAUCAUGGCAAGGAAACAAAACACAAAGCAGAUUUAGCUUCUUUAGGAAAACAGCCCUAAUGUUGGAAACCAACAUCAUUAUGUUGUCAACCAGAGUCACAUUUAUUUAUUGUCCAAGCUAUAGCACACAAUGUUUUUCAUACAGCAGGUUUUUAAAGGACUGAAAGUUUGGCCUGCGUCGUGUUUUCAUUUUUGCCAUGGAGAAAUAUUGCAAUACUGGUAUUUUCACAGCCCUAAUGUUAAUUGAGUUGAGUUCUAUUUUGCUAAUUGUAGGCUACUGUUUGUAGUUUUUGCCUCCAUAUAUUUCAUGGUGUGUAACAUUUGCACAAUGAUGUGCCAAAUCUUUAUCUGGUGCAUUAUUAUAAGGUAAUUAUAGGGUAGGGCCUAAUGCAUAUACCCUAAGCAGUAGUAUAAGCAGCCUCAAUGUUGGCAGUUAAAGGUGAUCUAGAAGCUGAUCCUUCAUCAGUAUUGUGGAAUAAUUCUAAUGUAAAGGUAAGAUUUAAAUGGAGAAAGCUGAUCUUUGCGCAUCGCUGCUUUUCUUUCGGUCCGAUCAGUUUCGACACAUGCCUCAACAACACACUUACCAAACAUUCUCUCUGCAUGCUGUUUUGGGAAAAGCAUGUUACAUCUUCGGCCGUUGUAGGAACAAUGCAUCAUAAGCCUAAGUUCCAUCGCUAUCGGGAAACUGGACCCUGGACAUGUUAUCAUUGCCUUGCCCAAUACCCAUCAGCCAGCACUGUGGGGGAGUAUUUCACAAAGCAUUCCAAGUUAGCCAGUUAACAUAGGAAAAACCUGUCAUAACUUAUUUUGAUAAAGGAAGCCGCAGUUGAUGCUUGGUUAGUGAGUAAAGUCUCAAUACUUGUUGGAGAAGUUUGUCAUCAUAGCUGCUGCAACAUGAGACUAGGGUGUAAUACCGGUGACUGGUAUCCCAGGACUUCCCGACCAAGCUCCUUCCCAUUUCCCGAGAAAAAGAUUGAGGGGUCCCGUGGACCAAUGGCGUAAUAUAAUUUUUUUAAGCAGCACUAAUGCAAAAUAUGCACAUGAGAAUAGCUCCUCCCAGAGUGCGAAGAGCCUUGGUGUGACCCUGGACAACACCCUGUCGUUCUCCGAUAACAUCAAGGCGGUGACCCGAUCCUGUAGGUUCAUGCUAAAUAUUCACAUGAGAAUAGCUCCAUGCAUGAACCGGACAUACCAACUCUGGCUUCAUUCAUAACCUACAUUAGACCAGUCAUCACAACGCUAGCAGCCUACCAUAUUUAGUCUAUAGACCUACUCAACAUAAAGUCUUCAAUAGAAAACUUCACAUUCAUAAAUUGCAUUGCUGACUAUCGUGUAGGCUACACGCAACCUCUUGACACAGUUACUGAAGACAAUCUCAAAUUCACAAAUCUCCAAGGUAUCUGUGUGGCACUGGCAAAGGCUCACAAUAUAAACUGCAGCUACUCACUGUUAACAAAAUGGCAGGUACAUUGUGUGCACAAACACACUCAAGGAAAUAGACAUUUGCAACAUUGUUCCAUUACAUUUUACAUUUUAGUCAUUUAGCAGACGCUCUUAUCCAGAGCGACUUACAGUUAGUGAGUACAUACAUAUUUGUAUUUAUUUUUCAUACUGGCCCCCCGCGGGAAUCGAACCCACAACCCUGGCGUUGCAAACACCAUGCUCUACCAACAUCCCUGCCGGCCAUUCCCUCCCCUACCCUGGACGACGCUGGGCCAAUUGUGCGAGUUGCCAAACAUCAGCCUCGAAACCUUAAUGACUUGGAGAAGAUCUGCAAAGAGGAUUGGGACAAAAUCCCUCCUGAGAUGCGUGCAAACCUGGUGGCCAACUACAAGAAACAUCUGACCUCUGUGAUUGCCACCAAGUACUAAGUCAUGUUUUGCAGAAGGGUCAAAUACUUAUUUCCCUCAUUAAAAUGCAAAUCAAUUUAUAACAUUUUUGACAUGCGUUUUUCUGGAUUUUUUUGUUGUUAUUCUGUCUCUCACUGUUCAAAUAAACCUACCAUUAAAAUGAUAGACUGAUAAUGUCUUUGUCAGUGGGCAAACGUACAAAAUCAGCAGGGGAUCAAAUACUUUUUUCCCUCACUGUACUGGUAUAAUCAUGUCAGAUUUUCCCCCCUGCUGUUAUAUGCUUUUAAAUAGCAUUUCCGGUUUGAACAGGAAUACUAGUAUAUUACUGGGAUGGUUGCAUUUUCUGAAAGGGAUUUUUUGAAGAUUUUCUGGAAAAUAUGAAACCCUACAUGAGACUAACAACCACAAAAAGGAAUGGAAGCAAUGCAAACACCGUAAAUGGCAUCUUUGCAUCAUUAUCUCACCAUCUGGGUUGGUUAGUUUGUGUUUAAAAUGGCUGCAUUCGCAACUUAGUCUUCACUGCACGCCACUGCUGUUGAACAAUCACACACUAGCAUCAAUCUCUACCUGUGUUUUCUUCGCAUUGGACAAUGAUGCGAUAAGAUCUCCUCUUGUCUCCCCCACCGCUUCUCCUCUACACCCACAGUAAUCCUGUCUUAUCCUGUAUGAUGGCAUUUCAAGAUGUGGGUGGAAUGCCGAGGAAAAGUUGGACUCCCACACACUGGCCCGCUUUUUUUAGCUUAGAGGUUUAGAGAUUUGAUAUCACUCAUUGAUGUGCCGGAGGAGCACCAAAUCAACACAUUGUCUGCCUCGUAUUGCGCUUUAGAACCGUUAACUUGGGAGGUCGUGCAUAGGACUGGUCUGAGGCCAGUGUGUGUUUGUCAAGGCAGAUCUUAGACAGUUAUGCAGUUAAUCUAAACCAGAAUGUUCACAACAGAAGUGAGGAGAGAUGAUGCUAAACUGUAAUAUUAUCUACUUGUGCUUUCAGUCGGGCCGGCCGGUGGCUAACUUCAAGCAGCACAGCGCGCCAGUGACAUCAGUAGAAUGGAACCCUGUGGACUCCAGCGUGUUUGCCGCCUCUGGAGCGGACGACGUGGUCAGCCAAUGGGACCUGUCGGUGGAGUCAUGCGAUGUGGGUGCGAGGUCGGAGGGGGUGAAGGACCUGCCCCCCCAGCUGCUGUUCCUGCACCAGGGUCAGACAGAGGUCAAGGAGAUCCACUGGCACCCGCAGAUACCAGGGAUGAUGGUCUCUACUGCUCUGUCAGGCUUCAACGUGUUCAGGACCAUCUCUGUAUAGUGGGGUGUGUGUGUGUGAAUGGGUGUCUAUGGUGUGUGUGUGCGUGUGAGAAAGGGUCUAAGUGUGUGCCUGUGUUUCUGACUACAGUUAUCAGUCCCCUCACCGCUCUGUUGGCAGGCAUUUACCAUGUAAUGUGCACGUAUAUUACAGUUUGACUGACUACAACUCUCCCCGUUUAUCCUUGACCUUAUCUCUAAUAGUUUAGAAGUCAUGUAGAUGACUGUUCCUUCUGGCCUAUACAUGUUGCAUGUGUACCAACAUGUACACAAUAAAACACAUUACUCAAUUAUUGUUAGGUAUUCCAUUAUUUUCUCAACCCAACAAAAUGCCUGUUGAUGUCCUGUUGGUUGACAUGGUGAAGGAAUGAGCUCAAGAUCAUGAGUUAUUCAUUUCCAUUGAUAUACACUUCCCUAUGUCUGUAUUUGUACGGUGAUGCUAAAAUUAAAUUUGGCUUUGAUAUCAAAGGGUUUAGUACAGAAUGUCACCUUUUUAUUUGAGGGUAUUUU